CUUUUAGUUAAUGUUGAGACAAUGUUUUGCCAGGCGGAGAGGAGGAACUACUUGUCGAAAGAGGUUAUUGAUGGGUUUGAGUAUCUGAGACGUAAAAGGCUUCAAAAGAUGAAAUCAGGCUGUGUAAGCACGGUGGCUAGAAGUGGAGGUGAUGCUACGAGACCAUCUUCAGCUUCAUGUGGAAUGAGAUUACGAGUGACUGCUAAUGAUACAGUAACUAGGUUGAAUGGUGUAUCUACUGGAAAAGGUGUCUUUUUGAAGGGGAAAGUGGAGAGUUUGGGGGUUGAUGAUCUUAAAUGGACAGAGAGGGUUCCCGAAUGUCCUGUCUACAGACCAACGAAGGAUGAGUUUGAGGAUCCUUUGACUUAUUUGCAGAAGAUUUUCCCAGAAGCUUCAAAAUAUGGUAUUUGCAAGAUCAUAUCUCCUUUGACAGCAACAGUUCCUGCUGGCGCUGUGUUGAUGAAAGAGAAAUCAAACUUCAAGUUCACCACCAGAGUACAACCCCUUCGACUUGCUGAGUGGGAUUCUGAUGAUAAAGUUACCUUCUUCAUGAGUGGGAGGACCUACACAUUUCGUGAUUACGAGAAAAUGGCGAAUAAGGUAUUUGCACGUAGAUAUUGCAGUGGUGGCUCUUUGCCCGACUCAUUCUUGGAGAAAGAAUUCUGGAAAGAAAUCGCAUGUGGCAAGACUGAUUCAGUUGAGUAUGCGUGUGAUGUAGAUGGUAGCGCAUUUUCAUCUGCACCAGGUGAUCCGCUAGGAAGCAGCAAAUGGAACUUGAAUAAAGUUUCAAGGCUGCCAAAGUCUACGCUGCGUCUUCUUGAAACAUCCAUUCCGGGAGUCACUGAACCGAUGCUUUACAUUGGAAUGCUGUUUAGCAUGUUUGCCUGGCAUGUUGAGGACCAUUAUUUGUACAGCAUCAAUUAUCAACAUUGUGGAGCAUCAAAAACUUGGUAUGGCGUUCCAGGUUCUGCAGCUCUAAAAUUUGAAAAGGUGGUUAGUGAAUGUGUGUACAGCGAUGAGAUUCUGUCAACUAAUGGAGAGGAUGGAGCCUUCGAUGUGCUUCUAGGGAAGACAACUAUAUUCCCACCAAAGAUUCUGUUGGAUCAUGAUGUGCCUGUCUACAAGGCUGUACAAAAACCUGGAGAGUUUGUUGUCACAUUCCCCAGAGCUUAUCAUGCUGGGUUCAGCCAUGGUUUUAACUGUGGUGAGGCAGUAAACUUUGCGAUGGGUGACUGGUUUCCUUUUGGAGCCAUUGCUAGUUGUAGGUAUGCUCAUCUUAACAGAUUGCCAUUGCUUCCUCAUGAAGAACUGAUAUGUAAGGAAGCAAUUCUCUUAAAAUCAUCUCCCAAACCGGAGAAUCUGGAUUUUACACCUGCGGAAUUGUCAGGACAAAGAAGCAUCAAGAGUGCCUUUGUGCACCUGAUUCGUUUUCAUCAUCUAGCUCGAUGGUCUCUAAUGAAGUCAGGAUUAUGCACAGGCCUUGUUUCGAAUACAUACGGAACCAUCGUAUGCAGUUUGUGUAAACGGGAUUGCUAUUUGGCGUUUAUAAACUGCCAUUGCUACUCACAUCCCGUCUGUCUCCGUCAUGAUGUUAGAAAGCUUGACCUUCCAUGCGGUACAACACGUACUCUUUUCUUGAGAGACAACAUUGAAGUCCUGGAAGCUGCUGCAGAGAAGUUUGAGAAAGAAGAUGGAGUUUCAGGUAUGAUUACAAGUGAUGAAGAUUUAUAUGCAUAUCCAUCGUCACUCAAACUUGCAGCCGCAAAAGAAGAUGGAUAUUCACGGUAUUCCACUAUACACUUUGACUUCAAUACCAACCCUGUCAUGAGCCACGAAGCAAAUGCGUCAUGUAUCUCUUCUGUUGCUGAUAGUUAUGAAUGCUCAACAGCUGCUGAUUACGUAAAUAGACGAGCUAACUGUAGUAGCAGUAGUGAUUCUAAGCUAUCAGAAGACGUAGGAAGCAGCAGUAACAAGAAGACUCGGUUCUUCUCUGCGGUUCAAGAUGAAGUAUUAGUUACGGAUCAGGAAAGUGAGGGUUCUGAUUCCGAGAGUUUCAGAGUGAAACGCCGUUCUUCGCUGAAAUGUGAGCACCGAACAGUUGUUCUGGAGACCAGAGACUUUGAGCAUCAUCAGGAACAUAAAAGAUUGAAGAGAUCACAGAAGUACCACGAAAGAAGAUAUAGUAGUAGCUGUAGUAGUAGUAAGGAAGAAGUGUUAGUAAUUCCAAAAAGAAAGGAAACUCAUGAGCAGCAGCAAAGGGACGUGAAGAAGAUUGAGAAUCAUUUUGGUGUUGGGUUUAAACGUCUGAAAGUGAAAGCGUUGAUAAAGCCAUAACAUGACAGCUUCAACUUCCUCCUAACAACAUUUUUUUUAAUUGCUGAUAAUCUCUAACAAUACAGGUAAAAAGGGAAUCAAAAGCAAAAUAUUCACAGUAUCUGAUUUUAUUAGUAUUUUUGUAUGAGACAAGAAAGAAGGGGAUAACCAACCAAUCAACACCAUUGGGGUUUGUUUUUAGGAUUUUACCAAAUCUUUGAUUCUUUGUGUACAGAAUCUUUCUGUGUACACCUUCCUGUUCCUUCUUCUUUUCAUCUUAUGAUGUAAAUCUCUUAUUUUGUUUUGGUUAUUUCUGUCAACAGAUAGUUUUCAAUUGGUGAAAAUGAUGUUUAUAGAGGAAUUUCAACAAUGUAAAAAAUUUAUUUCUUCACUUCACAAUCCAACAUAUUCCAAUAAAAAAAAUACUAUGGCUCGUUCAUCAGCUCUAUGUAGUAUAGUAUAGCUGUUGUUGACAAGAAAAAGAAAAGAAUAAGUUUCAAC